CAGUUAUCAAGCUUAUCUAUAGACAUCAAACUUUUUUAAAUUUCAAUUAAUUUAAAGUUGUGUUAUAAGCUAUUAAGUUUUUUGAGUUAGUAAUGAGCAGAGGGAAGGUAUGAUGAGAGGGAGGUACCCAGCCUCACCGGGAACUUGGAACAAGCAGCUGGCUCGUCCUGCCAAAAUUUAAACACGACAGAAAUGUCAGCUCUCUCUCUGAAGCGUCCUAGGGUAAGGCAGCCACGCCUCACUUCAAAGCCACAAAACCUAGAGCCAAAAAAUGGCAAAGAUCCAGUGGAAGUGACAUGUCGGAUAAAACCACCAGAUAAUGUGGAUGAAGAUCAUUGUAUAUGUGCUUUUGAUUUACACACUGUGAAGCUUAUCCCUCCGGCUACAAGCUUUGCCUUCCGAAAUGGAUGUGGCAAGGAGCAGUAUUACAAAUUCCAGCAUGUUUUUAACCCUGAGGCAACACAAAAGCAAGUUUUUGACCAAGUUGCCAAGCCUCUGGUUGCUGACUUGCUUCAGGGAAAGAAUGGUCUUCUGUUUGCUUAUGGUGUAACAGGAUCUGGCAAGACAUAUACCAUGGAGGGGACACCUGACAAUAGUGGCAUAAUACAAAGAACUCUGGAUGCAAUAUUCAACACAAUCCAAGAUUAUCAAGCACAGAGAUGUGUCUUCAUGCCUGAUCAUAUGAAUGGCUUUGAUAUCCAGACAGAAGCUGAGGCUGCACAGGAGCGCAAGGCAUUUCAGGCUCAGAGUAAUGUCUGCAAGACACCCCGUACUCCAAGACAGAGGACAGUUGACACACCAGUUUUGGACAUUCCCAUGCGCAUCCCAGAUGGAUCAAAAAUUGAUGAUUUAAAUGAAGAUAAUGUGUAUGCUGUUUUUGUGACCCACAUAGAAAUUUAUCAAAACUACAUCUAUGAUCUUCUGGAUGAAGCAUCAGGCAAUGGGCAGUCUCACAGGGGUUUUCAGGCUAAGGUUCUUAGUGAAGGAUUCAAAUCCACAAUAUGUAUGUUCAUGGAUUGCAUAGAAGUGGAAGUAAUGGUAAAGGGUCAGAAGCGGAGAAAGGUGGCCACUACAAAUCUUAACCUGGAGUCAUCACGCUCACACUCAAUAUUUUCCAUCAGAGUUGUGCAAGCCCCACUUGAUGUCCAUGGUGAGGAAGUUCUACAAGAAAAAGCUGCACUUUCAAUAUCCCAGUUGUCAUUGGUGGACUUGGCUGGAUCAGAGCGCAAUAGUCGCACAAGAGCCAAAGGGGGCAGGGUCAAAGAAGCUGGAAAUAUCAAUAAUUCACUCAUGACUCUGCGAUCAUGCAUAGAAGUUUUAAGAGAAAACCAGACUGGUGAGGGGCAUCGGAUGGUACCAUAUCGGGACUCAAAAUUGACUCAUUAUCUGAAAAAUUAUUUUGGUGGUGAAGGAAGGAUCAAGAUGAUUGUUUGUAUAAAUCCUAAUGCAGAAGAUUAUGAUGAAAAUCAGACUGUAAUGAAAUUUGCAGAGUUGAUCUCAGAAGUACAGAUUGAUCGGGCAACACCAGUGGCUCAGACAGAGUUGUGGCUCCCACCAGGACGUAGACAAGCAAAUAAAUUUUUCAAAAGCAUACGUAAAAAACUAGAAGAAGAAGGAGAGAAUGUAAUGAAUAUGGAAAUGGAUACCAGCAUAAUUUAUAGACUGGCCCCAGCUUGGCCUUCACUUAACUAUACCCAAGAAGACUGGGAAGGGUUUUUUGACAUGCUGAAGACAUACAUGCGGAAGAGAAUUCAUUGUAGGGAAAAGGCUCAAGCUUCCCUACCUGACAAAAUUGCACAUGUAAGAACUCGUCUUCUAGAUCUGGAGAAAGAGAUUGUGUAUCUACAGCAGGAAAACACAAGUUUAACUGCACUCUACAAUAAUGUUCUUGCCAAGAAUCAUUCUCUGGAAGACAGGCUUUUCAACGAAGAGAUUACAAUAGAGAACUUAAAGAAAGAUUUGGUAAAGUACAAUAAAUUAGAAGAAGAGCUUAAGGCUGUGCUUGAAGAACGAGAUUUGGCGAAGAACCAUGAAGAAAGACAGAAACAACAGAUGAAAGAUGGAUUAAAGCGCAAAUUACGAGAUGAAUCAGAAAAGUUGCGAAGGGAAAUGUUUGAAAUCGGUCCAGCUGUUUGUGACCAGAGAUAUCGUUCGUCAUUGGUUGACCAACAUGAUGCUUGGUUGAAUCAUUGCCCAAAACAGAUGGUGCCAAUGGGAACUGCUCUUCAGCCAAUACUCAACACUCAGAAGGUAGUGACAAAUGUGAAGAAAGCACAUUUAGAGAAGAAUACCAUCACAAAUUAUUGCCUAACAACUCAAGAUCAGGACAGUCAGGGAGAAAUGGAAACUAGAGUAUACAAGGGUGAUGUCCUGCCAACAGCUGGAGGAGGGUCCCAGGUUGUACUUAAAGAUGUAGAAGUACACAAACAACGAGAAAUUCAGAAUGUUGGUAUAAAUAAAAGUCUUCCUAAAGAGACACCAAGGAUUCCAACUGAGAGCAUUCAAGAACGUUGUUCUACUGGUAUUCAGUUUCUAGCAAGGCCAGGGUAUCAUUCACCAUAGAAGCCUACACAUAACUAAAUUUUCCAUAUUUUUUUUUUUUUUUGGCUUAGGUUACAGGCAAUAUUUAUUUUUUAGAAGAAAUACCAAUGUUACUUUAAUUUACUUAUUUGUUAUUUUCUCUUAAUUUAUUGUUACAAAAGAAGAGUCAAAGAUUUUAUUUGUUGUUUAGUUUAUGUUCAAUGUAAAAAUCACAAGUAAUCCAGUGAGCCCAUUUCUGUUUUAGCAGUUAAAUUUUUUUUUUUUUUUUUUUUCAACAAGUCGGCCGUCUCCCACCGAGGCAGGGUGACCCGAAAAAGAAAGAAAAUCCCCAAAAAGAAAAUACUUUCAUCAUCAUUCAACACUUUCACCACACUCACACAUAAUCACUGUUUUUGCAGAGGUGCUCAGAAUACAACAGUUUAGAAGCAUAUAUGUAUAAAGAUACACAACAUAUCCCUCCAAACUGCCAAUAUCCCAAACCCCUGCUUUAAAGUGCAGGCAUUGUACUUCCCAUUUCCAGGACUCAAGUCCGACUAUAUGAAAAUAACCGGUUUCCCUGAAUCCCUUCACUAAAUAUUACCCUGCUCACACUCCAACAGAUCGUCAGGUCCCAAGUACCAUUCGUCUCCAUUCACUCCUAUCUAACACGCUCACGCACGCUUGCUGGAAGUCCAAGCCCCUUGCCCACAAAACCUCCUUUACCCCCUCUCUCCAACCCUUUCGAGGACGACCCCUACCUCGCCUUUCUUCCCCUAUAGAUUUAUAUGCUUUCCAUGUCAUUCUACUUUGAUCCAUUCUCUCUAAAUGACCAAACCACCUCAACAACCCCUCUUCUGCCCUCUGACUAAUACUUUUAUUAACUCCACACCUUUUCCUAAUUUCCACACUCCGA